AUAAUUGCAGAAGUUUUUGGCACUUUCUUCCUAAUAUUCGCCGGCUGCGCUGCAGUUACUGUGAACAAGAAAAGCAAUGGAACUGUCACCUUCCCUGGCAUAUUCAUUGUGUGGGGAUUGGCAGUGACUGUAAUGGUCUAUGCCGUCGGCCAUAUCUCAGGUGCUCACUUGAAUCCCGCCGUCACCAUCGCAUUUGCGUCAUGCAGAAGGUUUCCAUGGAAGCAGGUACCAGCUUAUGUGGCAGCACAAAUAGUGGGAUCAAUAUUAGCAAGCGGAACGCUCCGCCUUCUCUUUGGCGGUCACCGGGAGCUCUUCGCUGGGACGAUUCCGGCAGGCUCCGAUGUUCAGUCUUUAUUCAUGGAGUUCAUCAUCUCCUUCUACCUCAUGUUUGUGAUAUCUGGAGUUGCGACGGAUAAUCGAGCUAUUGGAGAACUUGCAGGGCUGGCUGUAGGAGCUACUGUGCUGCUAAAUGUGGCAAUUGCUGGGCCAAUAUCAGGAGCGUCAAUGAACCCUGCAAGGACUUUGGGACCUGCAAUAAUUGCAAACCGCUAUAAGUCGAUAUGGGUGUACAUGAUUGGGCCUAUUAGUGGGACGGUUGCCGGAACAUGGGCUUAUAAUCUCAUUCGCUACACUGACAAACCAUUGCGAGAGAUCACAAAAAGUGGUUCAUUUCUCAAAAGCUUUAAGAAGAACAAUUCAAGUUAAAUAUAUAGCAGUACAUCAAAACAUGAGAGAUUAAUAUAGUGUUAUAUAUCAUCUACUUCUUUUCCUGGUUGAAAGAAACUCUUGCUAGUCUCUGUUUUGUCCUAUAUUACUAAGGAAAGUGGGCUUGUAACUUGA